CGCUGCUUUCAUACUUAGCACACAAAAAUGUGCGCUCUUGGCUUCUUUUUAAGUUCGUUUAUUUUAUUUUAUUUAUUUAUAAGUUCGCACUAAAAUCGUGCAAAACAUUUAUGUUGGCGUUAUUUCCUUGUUUCAACCUUUCGGCUUCAAUUGUUGACAAUUGUGAUGGAAGUGGACUGCAGGAAUAUGGAAAAUUUUAAAAUGACAUGCCGCCGAAAUGCGUGAACGCUUUGAAAACAAUAAUAAUUAAUACUCAAUGACCAAUAAAACAAUAGCAAUGUGUAAUUGAUGGACUUGCGGCCAAAAUAUAAUUAGCAGCAAAUAUAGAAACUGAACAUCAAGGCAAAACUCGAUUAUUCCAGUGGGCGUGGCCAGUGGGCGUGUGUGUGUUUUGGCCGCUGACAAAAGUGCAAUUGGAAUCGGAUUCGAGCGAAGAUACGGAAAAUCGGGGCAACGCCAGCGAUACGGGCCAAACUCAAGUGGCCAGGAUAGGCGGCGAAAAGGAGGCGGAGGCGGCUGGGGAGGCGUGGUGGCUUGGUCAUGACAAUGUCCUCGACGUCGACUGCGACGUCGACAGCGACUGCGACGCUGGCCGAGGCGAACGCCACUGUUGGCGAAAUGUUUUCGGAUGCGGAUAUGGCGGAAGUGCGGCAUGUUGUCCAACGCAUUUUGGUGCCGUGCGUUUUUGUUAUUGGACUUUUGGGAAAUUCAGUGAGCAUUUAUGUUUUGACGCGAAAGCGCAUGAGAUGCACGACGAACAUAUAUCUAACGGCACUGGCCAUCACGGAUAUCGCCUACCUGACGUGCCAGUUGAUCCUGUCACUGCAGCACUACGACUAUCCCAAAUAUCACUUCAAGCUUUACUGGCAGCUCUAUGGCUAUUUCGUCUGGCUGUGCGAUAGUUUCGGUUACAUCUCAAUUUACAUAGCCGUGUGCUUCACCAUCGAGAGAUUCAUUGCGAUACGCUAUCCGCUCAAGAGACAAACAUUCUGCACGGAAUCGCUGGCCAAAAAGGUGAUAGCAGCGGUGGCCAUCUUCUGCUUGCUGUCCACACUCUCGACGGCAUUCGAGCACACAAUUACGAUUGGUACGCGGCAGAUUGAUGACGCCUACCAGCCGUGCAACCAAACGUUGGCCAACAUCUCGCCCACGCCGCCGCCGCCACUCGGGGAAGCCACGCCCCCACUGGCCACGCCCCCGCUGCCCACGCCGGCGACCGUUUGGCAAUCGCCAGAUUUCGCCAUGGAGUCCACGACGGCCGGCAGCUCUAAUCUGCUCGUCGACUGGGGCAGUGGCAGUGGUGAUGGAGAGCCAGAGAACAUUACACGACAUCGCCGUCACCGGCAGUCAUCUGGAUUUGUGACGCUGCCCACACUGAGAAAAACGCUGGAGGAGCAGGAUCCGGAGGGGGCAGACGCGGGCCAGGGGUCAGGGGUCACGGAGAGUUUGCUGCAACUGUGGCGUCGCAAGCGCAGCGCUGAGAUUCACAACAUCAACAAAACGGAUGCAUUCGCAUUUAACGUAACGGAAUACUGUCAAAAUGUGACUUAUUACAACCAUGGUCUUUCGGAACUGGGCUAUGAUGAGCUAUACAGCUAUCUGUGGAACCUGUUCACCCUGCUGGUCUUCGUGGUGUUCCCCCUGCUUCUACUGGCCACCUUCAACUCCAUUCUCAUUCUAUUGGUGCAUCGGUCCAAGAAUCUGCGGGGAGACCUGACCAAUGCCAGCAGCAUAAGGCGCACAAAACGCAAAUCAAAUUCUGGACUAAAAGGCAGCGUAUCGCAGGAAAAUCGCGUGACGAUCACACUUAUUGCCGUGGUGCUAAUGUUCAUAGUUUGCCAACUGCCCUGGGCGAUCUAUUUGAUAGUCAAUCAGUAUAUGGAAAUCCAAGUUGGCACUCAGGUGGUGGCGGGAAAUGUGUGUAACCUGCUGGCCUCCCUACACGCGGCCUCCAAUUUCUUUCUAUACUGUGUGCUUUCCGAUAAGUACCGAAAGACGGUGCGAGAACUGAUAACCGGAUAUCGGUAUAGACGUCGCCACGCGCGGAACAAUACGAGUCUCUAUGUGCCGCAUACGACGACUACACUGACCCAAAUAAAUGGCGAUCAUUAUGGCAGUAAUUAUGGCGGAAACGGAAGUCGUCGAAAUCGUAAUACUGGUCGCCUGAUAGCGUGAACGGUAAAUCGUGGAUGUAUAAUAAAAUAUUAAUGGGUUAAACUCCAUGAGGAGAAGGAGAGUGAUAGCUGAUAUCACGAAACUUCUCCACGCGAGAAGAGGGCUUUAAAUUUGCCAGCAAAUCACGCGGAAUCACAAGUGAGAUGAUUGAAUCAAAAGUGAUUCGGUUCAAGCGUGCGGGUAGCAGAAAAUUUAAUUUGUUAUAUCAAUCGAUAUCUAUGUAUAUCUCAGUCUAUAUAUAUAUACUACAUAACAUACAUUGUGCCAUAAUGUGAUGAUUAUAGAUUUAUGCUAGUUAACCUAAACGUAAUUGUUGUCCUAAGUACUAAACGCAUCAAAUCAAAUACACGCAAAAUACACACACAUACACACGAA